UCAGUUGACAAGACGUUCAUCAACAGUCAAGUCAUAUAAUCCUCGUUAUACAUUUAAACACGUGCGGGUUUCUAUAUAUUUUAUUUCGAUUUUUAAGCAUUUCUAUCAUCUCUUUGUCUUUCUCUCUCAUUGUCUCUCUUUCACUCCCUCAUUCUUGUUGAUUGAAAAAUUAAAAAAUUUUUAUAAAUAUUAUAGAUAUAAUUAAAAAAAAAUGCAAAGAAAAAAAAAUAUUUCAUGUGUAAUGAUAGAGUAGUAAUUUGAGUUGUAAAAGAUUGUGAUUUACAAAGUUUUUUUAUAUACAUUUAAAAAGAUAAAAAAAAAAAGUAUUUGAUUUUCAUCUGUACAAUUCAAAAGUAAUUACAACAACAACAACAAGUAACUCUUUGAAUAAUACAUUGACGCACCCUUCCACAACAAUAUAUCAUUUAUUUUUAAAUAAUUGAAAAUAAAUCGUCUUUGCAUAAUGCAGUACAAGGUCACUGAUCCAGAAAAUAAUGAGAGAUACUUGGAAGAGACAAGUAAAAAUUCAGACACAUCUUGGUUUAAUAGAGAUGAUAAAAAAUCAUCAAAGAAGGAAAUAAAAUUGUUAAUUAUUGUUGGACUUCUCGCUGUGGCUGUGAUUGCAUUGAUAACAGCCUUAGUUUUACAAAUGACUAUAUUUAACACAAAAGAACACAGUGAAAUGUGUCAAAGUGAUGACUGCAUUAAAACAGCUGCAAGAAUAAUUGAAGCAAUGAACAAAACAGUUGAACCUUGUAAUGAUUUUUACAAAUUUGCUUGUGGUGGAUGGAUUGCAAAACAUCCAAUACCACAAAGCCAAACAUCUUGGGAUCAAUUAAGUUUUUUACGUGAAGAAUUAUUACAAAAUUUAAGAAUACUUCUUGAAGAAGCUGAUAAAGAUGAUGAUUUAAAACCAGUUAAACUUGCAAGGCAAUUGUAUCAAACAUGCAUGGACACUGCAAGUGUUGAAAAUCUUGGAUUAACACCGAUAUUUGAUAUUCUUGGUAAAUUUGGAUUAUCCAACAAGCCACUGUCUUAUGAUGAUAAUAAAAUUAAUAAUGAAUCAAUGAUUGUCAAUAAAAUUGAUCUGCCAAAAAUUGCUGGAAGUGUACAACGAUACUUGGGUCUUAAUUUAUUUGUUAAUUUUUAUAUCAGUGAAGACAUCAGAGAUACAACUAAAAAUAGAAUGAUGAUGGAGCAAGUAUCACCUGGAUUUAGUGAACGAUAUCUCAUGGAUCCUCAAAGAUUUAAAUCAGAAUUAUUAGAGUACAAAAAAUAUAUUAAAGCAAUGGUUGAACUUGCAGGUUUUGAUGAAAAUAGUAAUAAAUUUACAAAUGAAAUUUAUGAAUUUAGUACUAAAAUAGCAGAGAUAAUGGCAACACCAGAACAAAGAAAAAGCCCAAAUCAUUUAUUGCAUGAUGUAACUAUUGAUGAGCUACAGCAACUAACAGACCUUGAUGUUAAAUGGUGGAAUUGGACAAAUUAUCUUGAUGCUGCUUUUGAAAAUACAGAUGUUACAAUAAAUGGUAGUAUUGAUAGAGUCAUCUUGAUGGAUUUAGAUUAUUUACAAAAAUUACCAAAAUUAUUGGCUGAAACACCAUCAUCAACAAUUGAACGUUAUGUUUGGUGGAGUGUUUAUUCAACAAUAGCACCACUGACAUUACAAAAAUUUCGUGAUCUUGGUUUUCAAUUUUCCAAUAAAGUAUUUGGCUUGAAAGAAAAAACACCAAGAUGGAAAGGAUGUACUGGCAAUGUUAAUUCAAAUUUUGGUAUGGCAUUGACAUAUGUUUAUGUUCAACGUCAUUUUAAUGAUGAAUCAAAAAAUCAAGCAUUAGAAAUGUUAUUUGAUAUACGUGCAGCAUUUGAUGAAAUGGUUUCUGAAUUAAAUUGGAUGGAUGAUGAUACAAAAUUAAAAGCACAUAAAAAAUUAUAUGCUAUGAGACCAUUUGUUGGAUUUCCAGAAUGGAUAACUGAUUCAAUAAAAUUAGAUAAAUUUUAUGAAGGUGUUGAAGUUAUACCUGGUAAAUUAUUUGAUACAUUUUUAAAACUAAGUGAUGUUGGAGUUAAAAAAACACUAAAUAGUCUAAGACAAAAACCAGAUAAAGAAAGAUGGAUAUCAACUGGUACAACAGUAAAUGCAUUUUACAGUGCUAUAUUAAAUUCAGUCACAUUUCCAGCUGGUAUUCUUCAUCCACCAUUUUAUGGAAAUGGUUUAGAAGCAAUUAAUUAUGGUGCAAUGGGUGGAAUAAUGGGUCAUGAAUUGACACAUGGAUUUGAUGAUCAAGGUCGUAGAUAUGAUGAAAAUGGAAAUUUACGUCAAUGGUGGAGUGAUAAAACACUUGAACAUUAUCUUGAAAAAGUUGAUUGUAUAAUAAAACAGUAUGGAAAUUAUUCAUUGCCAGAAUUGAAUAAUAAUUUUACAGUAAAUGGUGUCAAUACUUUGAGUGAAAAUAUUGCUGAUAAUGGUGGUAUACGUGAGGCUUAUCGUGCUUAUUUAAGAUUAAAAAAAAGAAAAAAAUCAACUGAAAAAUUACUUCCUGGUUUGUCUGAAUAUACACAAGAACAAUUAUUUUUUAUUGGCUUUGCUCAAGUAUGGUGUGGUAAUUAUACAAGUGGUGCAUUAAAAUCAAAAUUAAUUGAAGGAGCACAUGCACCAAAUCAUUUUAGAGUUAUUGGUACAUUAUCAAAUAAUCAAGAAUUUUCAAAAGCAUGGAAUUGUCCUGUUGGUAGUUUUAUGAAUCCAGUACACAAAUGUAUAUUGUGGUGA